AUGCAGGGUUUAAGGUGGAUGCAAAGCACUAAGAAGUUGCUCACCGGCCCUGUAUACGUCGAUCGUGUCUACGGAACAGUCAAAAUCCCAGGCCACAUCCAAAAACUCGUCAAUAAUUCAUUGGCACUCUGCAGACUCUCUAAAGUCUAUCAAGCCGGAACAGGUGUUUUGCUCAAUCAUUUUGGACAUGAUGAUGAUCAAAGACCGGUGGAUAGACUGGAGCACUCUAUUGGUGUUGCAUUGCUGGUGGAACGACUUGGAGGUGAUGAUCAUCAACAGGUUGGUUUUGACUUUGAUGUGCGGUCGAUGGAUGAGGACUCGUGGCAUGAAAUCAAUGUCGAGGAAUUCGUAAACAAGACAGAUCUGCCGACAUUCUUUACACAGGACGAACUAUCAUCACUAUUACAUCUAUCUCAUCAUACCCUAGUAGAGCAGCCAACACCUCUAAUGUGUGCAGACCGUAUAGAUUACUUUCUACGGGAUGUGAUCGCUCUUCGAGUAGAUUGUCACCAAAUCGGACUUACGGAUGAUACGUCACGGUCUAUAUGGGUAGGAAGGUUUAUAAAGUCACUGACUGUAGCAGCAAACGAUGACGGAGUAACUAUAAUGGUGACGACAGAUCGUGAUCUAGCAAACGAGGCUGCCAUACUAUUCAUGAAACUGAAUGAUGACGUUUAUAUAUCAGCACAGAGUGUCGGUGUAUAUCAUUUGACUGCCAAGCUGUUACAUAGAGCGCUGGAUCUUGAGAUAUUGUGUGAAGACGAUUUCGAUUCGAGGGGUGAUGAGGAGGUGUGGAGGAUGGUAGAGGAAGGUGUUGCUCGUGAUGUUGAGAUGUCGCAGCUAUGGGAGAUACUGCAUAGUGCUAAAACAGAGUAUAAGCUAUGCCUAGGUAAUGCUAGUGAAGAAGGUCGUUGGAAGUCGUUGGCCAGUGACGUCUCUCUUCGGAUGCGCUAUGUAGAUCCGUCAGUACUAGUAGAUGGGCGAAUACAGCCUGCAUCCGCACUAAAUGGUGAUCUGAAACAACGAUUGAUUGCCUACAAGGCAAAGGGAAUGAACAAGGUGAACGUAAUGUAUAGAUCUGGUUAA